AAGACAAAGCAGCAGUUGCUAGAUUUGAAAGACCAAGCAGCAAAUGUUCUCCCUAAGAAGAAAGUUGAAGAGGUUCUUCCCCCUCUGAGCAGAUAUACCCUCCCUGAAUUCGAAAAGAAGCCUCCUGUACACGUGGAUCCCGUUGAUGUGAAAGCAGCUAUGGAAACUGGGGAUGUCAAACCGAGCCCAGAGAUUAUAGCUAAACGAACAAAAGAGUUGGAGUCUUCCUUGCUAUCGGCAAUUCAUUCUGCUGAGACGAAGGUCAGCGCUGCUACUGACGCGAAAAUCAAGACGAUAACGGCAAUAAACGAACACGCGGCACUUGUUAAAGCGACAGUGGACGAGCCCCAGAAUGCUGAUUGGGAAAAAGUAACAUCAGCACUCCAGCAUGCCGAAUCACUUGCUCACAAGGAUGGGAUAGCGGAAGCGGAUGCGAGGAAUUACAUUGACAAUCUUCGCACAGUUAUCAGUCAUGGCAAGAAAGAUUCCGUGACAGCUAAUAAUCCACUGCUUCUGAAUGCAACUGAAACAGCAAACAAGUUAUCCCAUCAACUUGAUGAGCUCGAUAGUCUAGUCUUGAAGGCACGUCAAGAGUCAACAAUUCUUAACCAGUAUAAAGACCUCAUUGAACGUAGUCGCAGUCAAUUCGCACUCGAAAUGAAAAGUAUUCUUCCAAACGUGGAUGUCAAUGAAAAGGUAGGAUCUGAAUUACUUAGG